AAAUUUCAUUCUCUUGGACUGUGGAUGUGGAACUAUUAUUAAUAUAUUGCUGAUAUUUUUCUUCAGUAAAACUGGAACAAUGUGAUUUCGGUUUUUCUUUUCUUCGCUGCAUUCUCUAUAGCUAUUAAAAUCAUCAUUAGAGGUCCUGUCGCUGUGCCCACCCACAACAGAAGGAUUUCAGGGAGGGACUUUGCCUUUCAACAUUUAACCAGUGAGCAGCCUGACCCCGGCGAGACAGAGGGCUUUUCAAAACCUGGAAUUAACCCGAACAGAAAUGCACCCAGAUCACUCACAUUUCAAUCAGUGGCGUAGAGAAAAUCAAAAGAUUUUUUUUUUUUUUAAUAAUGGAUGUGUCUGGUUUUGAUACGCUGCACGGAUCUUUUGAAGAGGUCUUCACCACUCAGUCAGCCGGAUCAGGGUUUUGAUAAAUGUGAGAGGAAAUAAGUCGGAGGUGGUUAUAUCAGAGACUUGGUUGAUGUGGAUGGACAGGCCAGGGGGGCAUAUGCGACACUGUGGGAGCUCCGCUGGAAUUAUUUACCGCAUCCUUGUGGGAUUUAUCUGCCUCAAGAUUCCGCUUCUUGAUCGGAUGAAAUAAAAAGAAGAAUGCAUGGAAUAAACCAGCGCUGUAUUUAUAUAUCAUUUCAUUUUUUCGUGCUGUGGUGCCAUGCUCAGGGGGAGAAUCACCCGUCUCCUAAUUUUAACCAGUAUGUGAGGACGCAGGGCGCAGUGACGGACCAGCUCAGCCGCAGGCAGGUCAGGGUCUACCAGCUCUACAGCCGCACCAGCGGGAAACACGUCCAGAUUCAGGGCAAAAGGGUCACUGCCACAGCCGAGGAUGGAAAUAUGUACGCUCGUCUUUUUGUUGAGACGGAUACCUUUGGCAGUCGAGUGAGGAUAAGGGGCGCUGAGAGUGGGCGCUACCUCUGCAUGAACCGGAAGGGGAAACUUGUUGGAAAGCCCAAUGGCCGGAGCAGGGAUUGUAUCUUCACAGAGAAAGUACUGGAGAACAAUUACACAGCCUUUCAGAAUGCCAAGUAUGAGGGCUGGUAUGUGGCUUUCACCAGAAAAGGGAGGCCCAUCAAAGCCUCCAGGACAAGGGAGAACCAGAGAGAGGUCCAUUUCAUCAAGAGGCUACAUACAGGCCCGCCUCCCUUCCCCAACACGGACCAAAGCAAACACUUUGAGUUCAUCCGAUUUCCGUCCACACGUCGAGCGAAGCGGAACAGGAAAUCACGUACCUCUUCCUAACACGCAGCAAAAGAAACGGACUGAUGACAGUUGUGAUAUAGGAAGAAACAGAUUUUAUUUUUGUAUAUUUUGGUAGGUAAAGAUGCUUAAAAUGUCAUAAAUCUAAAGUAAUAUUGCUGUAAAAUGAGCAUGUGUAAAUACUGAAAGCGAGUAAAGAAGACGGAUUAUA